GUUAUAUAUACGUUUAUUGUGUUUCCGUUUAUCUGUUUUUUUUCUUAUGGAGCGCAUACGUCGCUUUACUAAAAUACUUAGGUCAAUGUAACUAAACACCUAUUGUUUUCCAGGAUCAUCACGAAAAUCAUUAACAGCAAAUGAAAAACGUGCGGUGCCAACAUCACCGUUACCUAUAGAAUUACAGGUUGUAGAAAUUGCUGUGUCGAUUUAUGCAAACGUACUAAUGCCACAGCAGUUCUUCUUAUUCGAUUAUAACAAUGUUUCGCAUAAUACACCAAUCGAAUUGGCCGAUCAACUAAAAAUAUUAUUAUCUCCGUUUUUAAUGUUCUAUCGAUCAACAACAUUUAUGCAAUAUCGUGCUCAUGUAUUAACAUCACAAAAGCUCCCACCGGAUACAUUUCAUACUGAUGAAGGCAUAAUAUAUAUUCAAAGCAACAAUCAAUAUAGUGAACUAGCUUAUAUAGAACAUGUAAAUGACAGAGUUCCUCAACAACGAACUGUAGAACAAUCCACAAUGUCGUCAAUAACAAUUACGCGUCAAUUACAAUCGACACAUGCUCGACUAUCAGCGUUUUUACCGCCGAAUUCAUCGUCAACUCCACGAAGAAGCUCAGUGUCCUCCGUUGUAGUGUCACCGAUUCCACAUGUUAAAGUUCUAUCGAAACACAAUCAGCAUGUUCAUCGACCACUAUUUUCAGAUUUAAAUGUACAUGAUCGGGCUUUAACUGAUAGUGAAAAUUUAUUGAAUAAAUUCUUAAAUACUGAUCGAACGUCGAAUGCUUCACAAUCAACACCGAAUGAUCAAGACCAUCAUCAUCGGAUGAAUACGAAUAUUUUUCAUAAUAAUCAUACAGAUUCACCAUUGCGCCGUUCGAUGUUGGAUGAAAAACCUUAUUUUGUCACAGAAGUCCAGGCAUCCGGUCUAAAACAUACCAACCCAGUGGCUGCACCACAAAACAGUGCAACAAACCCAAAUGAUGUACGAUCAUUUGGACGUUCAUUCGACGAAACUGACGUACUGGGAGAACGUUUCGGUAAGAAAGCCUUUCAGCUGUCAGUCUUCUUUUAUUUGCUACCUUACUCCUUUUCUAUAUUCCUGUUUGCCUGUUUACUAUUUCUCACUUUUGUGAAUAUAUACGAGCACAUUCUGUUUCCAUUCACAUUGAGAAAAACUGAAGGAAAAGGAAAGAAAAAGCUAAAUGCUGUUACUGAAUAUAGCAUUCGUUCACCAUUGUCUGUUUUUCUGUUUGGGAUUCUUGAUA